GAUUGAGAGUUGGCUCACUUAGAGCAGAUAGCGGUAGCUAACAGGCUGUCCCGGCCACCAGUGCAAGUACAAGAAUUACCAAGAGGAGUCCUGGUAGUCAAUAGUUUUUGGAGUGUACUGUUUUCAUUAGAUGUGCACCACCCUGUCCCGCCUUUCGUCCCUCCAGCUAGCCGGGAGCUGCUGCAGAGCAGAUGUGACUGCUAACCAGCUAGCUUGGUUGGCUAGCUGUGGAGCUGAGCAUCAGCACCGGCUCUGAGGAGAGCGAACACACCACUGCCAAUCUGCACAUCCCGACCAGCCGCUUUAACUUCUUUGUUCGCCAUUUAUGUUGUGAGACGACCCGUGUAAAGCAAGUCCUCAGACGUAUCACAAGGAGACAUGUAUCAACUUCCAGUUAAUAACCUUACAAGAAUCAGGAGGGCCAGGAAGCAAGUGAAGAAAGCACUUGGAGACAUUGGACUGGAGUUCUGCAAGGAGGCAGCAGAGGAGUUCAAAGAGUUUUGCCCCGAUGAACAAUUUGUAAAGGGCAGUCUUUGCCUUGAUAUCUGCGGAUGGGAUCCAUCAUCCUCUAAAACACAGGAAUACAGAUCGAAGCCAUUUUGCUGCACAGAGUGCCCAUUUUCUUCCAAAUACUACUCAGGCUACAAGAAUCACUUCCGCAAUGUACACAGGAAAAUCUUUGAGAGUAAAAUUCUGCUCAACUGUCCAUACUGCACGUUCACUGCAAGCAAGAGAACUUUGGAGACGCAUGUUAAAAUAUUCCACAUACCCAGUUCAGCACGGCAGAAUUAUGGGAACUCACAGGCAGCGGCAUUGGGAAAGAAGGACAAAGCGUACUUUGAUAGAGUCAGACAGGGAGAUGGUGUGGAGAAAGCAAUGUACUUUUGCAAAAAAUGCACGUUUCGGGACACGCUCUACAAUGUUGUGAGAAGACACAUUUACAGGGAACAUUUUCAGCAUAUUGUCUCACCAUAUCUUGGUAUGGUUUCCGAAUCGUCUGUCAAAAAUGGUGCUAAUUCUGUCAAUGGCAACAACAUCCUCUGUAAACGCUGCCAGUUUUCCACUCGUAGCUAUGAGGCUCUAGUACAGCAUGUUAUAGAGUACCAUGAGCGCAUUGGUGCUCAAGUAACCACCAUGAUUGGACAUGCUAAUAUUGUUGUUUCAAGGCCUCAGUCCUUGCCAGCUGCUCCUCAGAAGGCCCCUCUGAUGAUUAGCAGGGGCCACACACUCAGAGCUGACCAAAUAGCGCAACCAGUAAUUGGCUAUUUAAAGCCAGCGCCCCCUAGUGUUAAAAGUCAGUCCUCCAUCACAGCCAGUCAGGUGCAUGUCACAGUUCCUGGCAACAGCACUGUGGCUGAAAAUAAUGCUGGUGGCGUUAACACAGCACAGACACAGAAGUGGAAGAUAUGCACAGUUUGCAACGAGCUCUUUCCUGAAAACCUCUACAAUGCUCAUUUUGAGAACGCACACAAGGCAAAGAAAGUGUGGGCACUUGCCAAGUACAUCAUGAAAAUCCACAACUUCACUAGCAAGUGUUUGCUUUGCAACCGCUAUCUGCCCAGUGAUACACUGCUAAACCACAUGCUAAUCCAUGGGCUCACUUGUCCACAGUGCCAUGCUGCUUUCCACAAUGUCGAGAAGCUGAUAGAGCAUGUGGCUCAGGCUCAUCCUGCUGACUUUGUUGGACCCCCUGGUGCAUCACCUCUGACCUUUGAUCUCACCGUUAAACAAGACAAGUCCAGAAAUGUACAACUCGUUGUACUCACUUUUAACAUGAAGGAAUCUGUCAAUGGUCAAGAUCAGUCAGCUGCUGCUCAGAAUAGUGUUCCACCUCUGGUCAAACUAACCGCUCCCAGAAUGAUUGAAAAGAAAAGUGAACCACUUGCUAGAAGUUACCCCUCUCAGGCUAACAAGACUGAGGUUGGGAAGACUCUGUGUCCACUGUGUUUCACCAUCCUCAAAGGUCCCAUCUCUGAUGCUUUAGCCAUGCAUCUGAGGGAGCGACACCAAGUGCUCCAAACAAUGCAUCCUGUUGAAAAAAAGAUGACAUACAAGUGCAUUCAUUGCCUGGGAGUGUACACCAGUAACAUGGUUGCGUCUACAAUCACACUGCAUCUUGUGCAGUGCAGGGCUGUUGGUAGGAACCAGGCAAGCCAAGGCUUCAAGUCUCCCCUGACCCUCAACUCAUCCGGGGCUGGCUUCUUAAAGAGGCAGCCACCAACACAGGCCAUGUCCAACCCCAAGAGAUUAAAGCUGAGCAAGGACUCAAAGAUUUCCUCGACAACCGUUGGAAAUCAGUCUGAAUCCGAUGGCCUCGCUCUGGAUCCUAGAAGCUAUGAACACAAGACGUAUGAAGCCAGGAAAAAUUUCUUGACUGCCUACUUCAACCGGCGACCAUACCUCUCUCCUCAGGAAGAGGAUAAGCUAUCUGCAAGUUUGUGGCUUUGGAAAUCUGACAUUGCUAGUCACUUUGCAACCAAGAGAAGGGCGUGUGAGAGACAGUGUGAGACCAAGAAGGUGUCCGUCCUGCUUGGCUUUGACAUGCACGCUCUGAAGAAAGUUAAGCAUGACUUGAUCUUUGAGGAGAGCAAGCCUGUUGGCACCUUAGUGGGGAGAUCUGUAGGCUUUAAGUCUGGUACUCCAAGCACAGACCAAAACAAGCAGGUUGAGACACUAAACUGUACCUUAAAACUCAGUACAUGCACAGAGACAAUUUCCAUUGAUUCAGACAGUGAGCCAGAAAUAGAGGAAAGACCAAACGAGAAUGGAAAUGUUGACACAAACCAAGACGAGAAUGUAAAAUCUGUGGAAACAGUAAACCUGACAGAAGAGCCAGAACCUUUGAACACGGACGAGCCCUCUAAAGAGGAGAGCCCUUUGCAAGAUGGGAACGCAAACGCUUGCAUGACUCUCUGUUAGUGUCCCUGCUUAGCAGUGUGCCUUGGUUGAGAAACGGUGUAUAAAUUAUGACAAGGAAGAAAAAAAAACACAGGCCUACAGAUGGUUACAAAUCACAAAUAUUUGGUCAAAUGGCAUGGGUGACUAAAUUCUUCAAUUCCAGGUGUUAACCUUGUUACCAGUGUUGGAAAGAAGAAAAAAAAAGUUACAUCAUAGCGCAUAAAUAUAUGGCGUAUGUAAGUGACAUUGUAUAUAUUUAGCCAUUGUUCUUUGUUAGUUUCUUCAUACAAUCUGUGUUAUUCACCUUUUAACUGUCACAGGAUUUAUGAAAUGAAUAUGGAAGCUUCCCCACCUUCAUAGGUUUUUUUCCCUCUACUGUGACAAAAAACUGUAUCAUAUUGUCAUUUCACAUUUAGAACGUGUAGGAUAUGCUAACUGCUUAUGUACAUGUUUUAAUAAAUAUGUUUGUUAAAUAAAAA